AUGUUGUACUUAAGAAACGUAAGAAAGAAAACUAAAAGAAAUAAUCUUUAUGACAAAGACUAUUUAUAUGGCUUUCCAGAAGAUCUUCAAAACAAUAUAACUUUUGCUGAAUAUAAUAGAAAAGUGGUUACUGCUUGGGCUGGCUUAAAUGCUAAUCAAGAUAACCUUGUAAAUAAUAAGAAAGAGCACUUAGCUACUAUUCAUAAUGUUCUUACAAAUAUUAAAGAAGACAAAACAAAUAUUGUUCAAAAUGCUUAUACUAAUCCAACAGAAGAAUUUAUUAUUAAUGUUGGGGAUACUUUUUCUUCAUACGAAAUGGCUGACUUAUAUCUCAACAAACAUGCAAAAUCAGUAGAAUUUUCUUUAUACCAUAAAUAUUUUGAAGUUAACAAUACUAGGUCAUAUGUCGUUGAACAUUUGAAUAUAGUUUUUCUG